AUGGUUAAAAAGAUUAGUAAAUUAAAUCAAGUAUUUGAACAAUACAUAGACCCUAUUGUCAAAAAAGAUGGUGGAAAUGUAGAAGUGUAUGAAGUUAAGGAUGGAGUAAAUGGUGAAAUUAUCGUAUAUAUUCAAUAUAGUGGUAAAUGUGUUGGUUGUGCUGCUGCAAAUGGAGCAACUAAAGAGAAGAUUCAAACUAUUUUAAGAGAUACUCUUUCAAAGAAAAUUAUUGUAAUUCCAGUUGAUUUACCACAUACCCAUGAUGAUGAUUUGAUCGAACAAUUAGAAAAUGAAACAACCUUAAAUAUCAAAAAGAGAAAGAUUAAUCUUUAA